UUCCCAGGAGGCCGCGCGCGGGCGGGGCGCUUUACGCGGAAGCCGGCGGCGUCGGGUCCCAGCCUCCUCUGGGAGCGGGCAAUCGGCGGUCCGGUUCUGACUUGCGCCCCUCUGUCCUGAGCCCACGCGCUCUCAGGGGGUGCCCGGACAGAUUGAAGCCAUGGCCAUUCUUUUUGCAGUUGUUGCCAGGGGAACGACUAUCCUUGCCAAACAUGCUUGGUGUGGAGGAAACUUCCUGGAGGUGACAGAGCAGAUUCUGGCUAAGAUACCUUCUGAAAAUAACAAACUAACGUACUCACAUGGCAAUUAUUUGUUUCAUUACAUCUGCCAAGACAGGAUUGUAUAUCUUUGUAUCACUGAUGAUGAUUUUGAACGUUCCCGAGCAUUUAAUUUUCUGAAUGAGAUAAAGAAGAGGUUCCAGACAACAUAUGGUUCAAGAGCACAGACAGCACUCCCAUAUGCCAUGAAUAGCGAGUUCUCAAGUGUUUUGGCUGCACAGCUGAAGCAUCAUUCUGAGAAUAAGGGCAUAGACAAAGUGGUGGAGACUCAAGCCCAAGUGGAUGAACUGAAAGGAAUCAUGGUCAGAAACAUAGAUUUGGUAGCUCAGCGAGGAGAAAGAUUGGAAUUAUUGAUAGAUAAAACAGAAAAUCUUGUGGAUUCGUCUGUGACCUUCAAAACAACCAGCAGAAAUCUUGCACGAGCCAUGUGUAUGAAGAAUCUCAAGCUCACUAUCAUCAUCAUCAUCGUAUCAAUCGUGUUCAUCUAUAUCAUUGUGUCACCUCUCUGUGGUGGAUUUACAUGGCCAAGUUGUGUGAAGAAAUAAAACAAGGAAAAGUUAUCAUUAACCAAGGAUAUGAGAGAAAAAGGAGUUAAAAGCAAUCCAUGUGAUUCAAGCCUUUGAAUACUGACAGAUGGUGUCUGCCAGUCUCUUCAACUCUCUUCUAUUUCUUUUUUUUAAUCUUGUUGUAUGCUUCCAGAUUUAUCUUUGUCCAGUUUAUUCCAGUGCACUUCAGAUUGAACCAUUUAUUGCAGCAGUAGCCUUAAAAAGGCUUUUGUUUCUUUAGUUCAUUAACUAGAG